AUGGCUUCAUCCGAUAUCAAAGUCACUCUCUACUGGCUAGAGCAGUCCCGCGCUCACUCAAUCCUCUGGAUCCUUGAAGCCCUCUCCAUCCCCUACGUCCUCAAAACCUUCAAACGCAGCAAGGACAUGCGCGCACCCCCCGAGCUCAAGGCUAUUCAUCCCCUAGGCAAGUCGCCCAUCGUCACCGUAGAAAGGCCCGAGUACGCCCAACCCUUGGUGCUUGCUGAAUCCGGGGCCAUUGUGGAGUAUUUACUCAACCAUUUCGGCGGAGAGGAGAAGGGACUUGUUCCGCGCAAGUAUGCGUCGGAGGAAGAUGCAGCCAAGAAUUUGGAGAUGGAGGAGUGGUUGAGGUAUAGAUUUUAUAUGCAUUAUGUGGAGGGGAGUUUGAUGCCGCAGAUGGUUACGGGGUUGAUUCUUGAUAACAUUCGCAACGUCCCAAUCCCAUUCUUCCUCAAACCGAUCCCCCGUCUAGUGGCGGACAACAUUCAGAUGAAUUGGCUUGACAAACAAUUCGCAGUCCACUUUCCGUUCCUGGAAGGUCAACUCAAAUCUGCUCCUGGAACGAGCGACGGGCAACGGGGAGGGUUGUGCGGUGCAAAGUUUAAUGCGGCUGAUAUCCUAAUGAGUUUCCCCAUUAUUGCGGCCACGGGCAGAGGAUUGAUUACGAAGGAGAGUUAUCCUGAGAUUGUGGCGUUUGCGGAGAGGUUGAAGAACGAUGAUGGGUAUCAGAGAGCGGUGAAGAAGAUUGAGGAGGUGGAUGGGAAGUUUGUUGCUUCCUUGUAG